UUGAGUUUAUAUCAAAUAGUCCGUAUUAAUUUUGAUACACCCUGUACGUCGGGUCUACGUGACUUUAGUGGCUCUUGGUACAAGUUAAUUUGUAUGCACUACGUCACACUCGGUACUCCCUGUGAUCGGACCCAUCAUUACAUUUUUUCCAACCGAAGCAGCAUCAACGUGGUUUUUAUCUUGAGGCGGAAACGAAGCACGUGGCUGAAUUUUUUCUCCCCCUUUAGGUUUCAUCUUGACAUUUUUCCUGUAUUCGGAAUGCCACCACGAAAACGAGCGGCGACCCAGAGAUCCCCGGCCAGGGGGAUCGGGAAAAAACGUAACCGCCGGACACCAGUUCAACUCCGGGAACGAAGCCCACCUCGCACCGCCACAUCUUGGACGGAUCGACAAACCCCGGCAGAGGGGCAGUCACAGCCCCCUGAGGAGGCCCCUCAAUUUCCAAUGGAUAGUACACCGGAUAACCCGGGUGAGUCUUGCAAUUUUUUGUUGGGCCAAGCGGCCUAUUUACCCUUACCUUGUCAAAUCACAUCUACAUGCGAUGAUAUCGGUAGUCAUGUCCCGCUUAAAUUCAAGCAAAAAAUAUGGGAGGUUUUUUUUAUUGAUCUGUCUGUCCUACUCAAAUCGGCUACGGAAUUGGAGCAGUUUGAGUCCCAUGGGGAUUUACAACUUGUCAAUGGCAAGCUAUGCGUAGUCAAGCGCCAACUAAACUCCUUCUUGACCAUAGAAAAGUGGACAUCAGCUUUCAUGAUUUACAUGAGCAUCGUUCUUCAACACAGCCAAACGGCUCAAGAAAUGCUCAAGUACAUGCGAAACAUUAGGCUUGCAGCUAAUCGUUCACCAAAUUGGCACAAGUAUGACGAGCAAUUCCGGCUCCGUAAAGCCUCCAACCCUGCUAUGUCUUGGGGUGAAAUUCACAGCGAAUUUUGGUUGAUGUACAUAAACCAAUCAAAUGUCACUACCCAACAGUCGGCCCAGGCCAAGUUUAAACCUCAGGCAUCAACCAACUCCUUUAAUACUACGUCGGUAGGCCAUGCAUCACAAAACCAAAUAAAAUUUUGUAAUUCGUACAACUCUGGUAAAUCCUGUAAUUUUUUCCCUAGAUGCCGCUACAGUCAUUCAUGCAGUCAGUGCAGAGGGAAACACCCUAGAGUCAACUGCAGGAAUUAA